AUGGACGGAAAGAACAAAAAUAUUGAGAAAGAAACACCAUUUGAGAGCUCAGUGUGGCCUAAAUACCCCAUUUCUGCCACCGCUGGCAGUGCCAACCAUUUUAACUACUUGUCCCCAUCAAAUCUUCCUAUAUCCCCUACUUCAUUUAACUAUGUGGGUCUAAAACCCUAUUUCAUGAACCAAGGUGUUGCUGCUGGUACGAGUGUUGGGGGCAGCAGUAGUGGAACUAAGUCUUCUUUCUUCUCAGGAUUAGAGUGUUUUGCCAUGAGAGGUGAGAAUAACAAGGCAGAUCAAAAUUCAUUUCAUCCACCUACUGAGAAAUUGAUUUUGGGAGCUCCUUCCAAUACUGUGGUGGCCAAUGCUGUUCGGGGCCGUGGUGAUGUCAUCAAUGAACAAAACAUGGAUCCUAAAAAGCUUAGAAGGGUCAUUUCAAAUCGAUUAUCAGCUCAGAGAUCAAGAGUGAGGAGGCUUCAACAUGUUUCUGAUAUGGAAAAGAAGGUGGAGUCUUUACAGGUAAACUUCAUUUCUCUUUUAAUCUCUUUAUGUUAUCUUUACAUCUAG